AUGCCAAAUCCCAACCUCGGAUCAGGGCCCAGGAUCCCCUCCCGCAAGGGGCCAAACCCUCUCUUCUUCCUCGGCAUGGUCGUCGCCAGUUCCCUCGCAUUCUUCGGCCUGGCAGAGAAGAGGCAACAGGACAACGAAGCUAAGGGUAUCAGGCCCGUCAACACUUCGUCGAGUCUGUUUAUGAGGUCGGGCAAGGAGGGGGAGAAGAUCGACAUGCCAAACCCUAGAAGAUACCACCACCCCUUUGCAGGCAUCACUCUAUAUAAUCAUCGACCCAUGCAUCUUUUCAAAUGGACCAUCGCCGCAGAUACUCGAGCCCCACCCAUCCAGACGCAGCCUGAUACAGGUUCUGCCACCCCAAGCAACUUGAUCACCAGUGACAGAAAGGACACGGGCUCUGAUAUAUCAGCCCAGGACCAAGAUUCGUCUGCCAAUCGCCACAGGCAAUUCCAAGACCAAGUCGGGCAACUGCCAACCAAGGGAGCCAGCGAGGCCAUCUUCUCUCCUCUUGGGACGAGCUUUGGUGUUGAUACCCCCGACUUGCUGUCUCCCACAGGGUCGAUGGUAGCCAUGCACGGCUCGGUCGUCAGCACCCCUUUCCCCAAGAACAGCGACCAACAACAUCAAGCUGACUGGGAGCGAUUCGCACAUCUGACUGCUUUCCAGCGAAAGAAGGACCGCGACGCCACAGCAGACUCUGUCAAAGGAGCUGCAUCCAGUGCUUGUCUCGACACCGAAGACGAUUCUGUCUCUCCCGAGCCUGUGCAUAAUGGCCGAAUCAUUGCGAUAGACUUCGAUGAUGUAUGUACGCAAAACAUGCUUGCCAUCAUCACCGAGCACAAUGUGCAGUACGGGACCGACUUGACACUUGACGACCUUGAAAGCUAUGUGUUCUGGCAGAACAGAGGCUGGGGUUCUCCCGCUGAUUGCACGCGCAAGGUCAAAUCGCUCAACCAACUCCUCCCAAAGACAGCUCCCAUCCCAGGCUUUGACGACGCGCUUCCUGCAUGGUUCUGCGGCUCGUAUUCGUCUGCAUACCCCGACCUCCAAGCAAAGGGCGACACCGCAAGCGCCGUAGAGAGGGAGAAGGAGAUGAAUGAGAAGCUCAGACAGAUCUGGAAAGAAGGGGUGACCUCUGGAAAGUCGGGUUUGGGCAAGCUUCGAAUCCUCCGUCAAAUAAACGCCUCGCUAUUCAUCGAUGACCACCACGGUAACCUCGAGCCCAUCAUCCAAGCUGAUCCGCCCAUCCCAUGCCUUCUUUUCGGCACUUAUGGAUGGAAUCGUUCGCGCAGCAGCCUCUCCUCGCCGGUCGAGCUCAUGGACUAUGAGGAGAGGAUUGCGCAAGGGUUCCCGCUUCCUUUCAAUGAGAUCCUCACGGGCAAGGAUCAUGGGCUUCAUAGGGUCAAGGACUGGGGUGAUGUUGUACAGUGGGUCAAGGAGUGGGAUAAAGAGGCCAAGGACGCGGAUUACUAG